CGUAGUCGAAUCUUCUUUAAUAAGAAGUUUUAAUUAAACUACUCUGACUCUAACAAGGCGACAACUGGCGGAAAAACAGUUGGCCACCCUAUCAAACAGUUGUGUAUCGUGACGGCAAGCUAGCGAUGGCAGGUGCCGGAGGGAAUGCGCUCGACGCUGUGGCCAGCAGCCUAAACUUGACAUACACGCUCACAGGAGCAAGUGAUUAUGGUGUUCGUUUGUCGAAUGGUUCAUGGACUGGAAUGGUCGGCGCUAUACACAGAGGGGAAGCCGAUGCCGCCAUUUCUGCGAUGGCGUUAACCUACGAAAGGCACGGUGUGGUACGGUUCGGUCCCUGCAUCGACACCAUCGACUUCAGCAUUCUUUCUAGUGCGUCUCCAAAUCAAUUCGACGCUUUUGGUUACAUCCGCGCUUUUGACGUUGAGGUGUGGGCCGCCGUAUUCGCUUGCCUCUUCUGCCUUUCCUGCCUGGUAGCCCUAGGCGGUUGGAAGACAAUCUCAACUAGGCGUAGAAAGUACGCGAGCUGCCUUGGAAGUGCCUACGACCACGGCUGGGACCUGUUUGGCCUGCUCUUCGCUGAAAGCUCUCCAAGACGAUAUGUCCAUGCAUCGCAGAGACUACUUAUGGUCGCGUGGCUGUUGACUGUCGUCGUGCUGGCCAACUCUUUCGGAAGUCUUCUAAAAUCUAAACAAGCUGUGUCGACCUUCAAGCCAGAAGUCGACAGCGUUGACGACCUUGCUGCAAGACCCUAUCUUACGCCCAUCAUACCAACGGGAAGUUACUACCAGACAUUUCCGCGGCACAGCCGUUCGCAGGCGGUGAAACAGGUGUGGGAGAGGUCAAGAAGUCGACGAGCAAUGACUCCACCUACAGAGCUCUUCUCGGAUGCCACGUUCACACGGGUGGCUGCCCGCCGCGCUGUGGUGCUCUCCGACCACGGUUCGACACUUUUCCAGAUGACCAGCUUCUGUGAACGCCAAAACGUUCGAACCUUCGUCGUGGCCAGCCAGCCACUCGAGAGUUCUCCAUUUGGCUACGUCUUCUCUCGAAGCAUUGAUGAGCGCUUCUUUCGGAAGCUCUUCAGCAAGUUUCGUCGCAUGCUGGAGACGGGUCUGAUGACCAAGUGGCUGGCAGAUAGCAAAGGAAACUGGCAGCGCUGCAUUCAAGCGCGGAAUAUUGCUGUGGGCAGCAUUAGCUUGGAUGACACUAUGCCAUUUUUCCUCCUCUGGGGCAUCACGUGCGCCAUGGCUUUCUGCGCUUUGCUUGGCGAGCUUAUAUGCUCGAGAGUGCUGCAAGGUGACCAUGCCAUGAGAGGGUGAUCAAGUCCAAGAUGGUGCUCUACUUUAGAAACACAAUGAAGCUUUAACAUUCAUUCAAACCGCCAUGGACACUUCAUGUCUUUUAACGUGCAUUUAUCUAGACGCACAUUACGACUACACUUGUGCAGGUGAAAAUAGCUUCGUUUCACGAAUAAUUCACAAAUAGACAUGUGUGACGAAUGCAAUUUGUGGUUAUUAAAACACAUCCUAAAAGGUGUUUACACCUAGCCUGUGUAUUGCAUGUGGCUAAUGUUCUACUAAAACAGGUACACUACGUAACAUGUAUCGCAGUCGGAACUGACUUGAGGUACGUAUAAGAAUUGGCUAGCUGUUUGGCGGCAGUCAACUUAGGUUUCGUAACAGGGAAUGGUCUACAACGUGGUUUGUUGCAGCGGCUGCAAUGAGUCGGGUUAUAGGUGGCGAUUCUCGAAGCCGUAAGCUGUCAAGUAUGUUUUUUGGACCCCUGUACACUACAUGAGGUGGCUCCCGAAAAAAGGUCUUUGACCUGUUGCUUCGGGUAAAAAUGCUGUAUUGUUUGCGAAGUAUGCCUAAAUCCUUGGGGAUGGAAGCGGACUGUGUGUCAAACUAGCAGACUGCGGGCUGCAGGACUUGUCGCUGUCUUUUAAACUGUCAAUCCUGUCUUUUCGUGCAGCACGGUCUGUCACCUUAUUGAAUAUUCUUUGUGGAUAUUUUUGGUUGAGAAGUUUCUUUGUGAGUUGCUGACAAGAAAUAAAAUUUUCUAAUGGACA